AUGGGUCGUCAGAGGAAGCGUGAUAAGCUCUACGUAACCUCGGCCGAAUGGGCAGAAAGCGGUGGUGCCAAAGAGAAACGAGUCAAUGGUGAAUUCAAGAAAUUGCCAUUCUCUUGCUGCUCCUUGACGCUGACACCAUUCGAACAUCCCGUGUGCACUGCUGAUGGCACCAUCUUUGAUCUGGUGAACAUCAUACCGUGGAUUAAGAAGAACGGCACUAACCCAGUGACUGGUGAAAAACUCGAAACCAAAGACUUGAAGGCGCUCAAUUUCACCAAGAGUUCUGAUUCUGGCGAAUACCACUGUCCUAUCACAUUCAAAGUAUUCAACGAACAUACACAUAUCGUGGCUAUUAGAACUUCUGGAAACGUCUACUCAUAUGAGGCAGUCGAUUCGCUGAAUCUCAAAACAAAGAACUUCAAGGACCUACUCACUGACGAGCCAUUCACUCGAAAGGAUAUAAUCACCAUACAGGAUCCACAUAAUAUAGCGACAAACAGGAAUAUCAACGAAUUUCAUUAUAUCAAAAACGAUUUGAAGCCUCUUGCAAAAGAAGGAGGAGCGUCUAACGACGAUGAAGACGACGACGAAGACACUCAACAGAGUAACAGUAAGAUUAACGUCGAAGGCAAAGGCUCAUUAUCACGAGUGUUAGCUCAAGUCAGUAAAGCUAGUUCCAGUGGCAGCAGCUCUGGCACGAAAUCCACUACACCCGUUACUCUCACGCCAUCAUACGUUUCCAAACCAAAGAAGGCAUAUAAUGAAGCUCAUUAUUCAACAAACGCUGCCAGUAGCAGUUUAACAUCGACAGCUCUCACGCCGCAAUUCAAAAACGUACCCGCAGUGAUUGAUAAAGAGUACUACAUGUUUGGCAAAAUCAAAAAGAAUGCAUUUGCAGUGAUACAGACAAACAUGGGUGACAUCAAUAUUGAGUUGUUUGCGUCAGAGGUAGCCAUGACAAGUUACAAUUUCAUAAUGCUGGCCAAAUCAGGAUACUACAAGAACGUCGUGUUUCAUAGGUCAAUCAAGAACUUUAUGCUCCAAGGUGGCGAUCCCACUGGAACAGGAAAAGGAGGAAGUUCAUGGUGGAAGAAGGACUUUCCAGAUGAGUGCAAGUCAGCUACGUUGAGCCAUAGUGGUCGUGGGGUCCUGAGUAUGGCAAAUAGAGGAAAGGACACCAACUCUUCACAAUUUUUCAUCACAUACAAAUCUUGUACACACCUUGACAACAAGCAUACCGUAUUUGGUAAAGUUGUCGGUGGUCUUGAAACAUUAUCCAAGAUAGAAAGGGUUCCAACUGAUGACAAGGACAAGCCAAUGGAAACAAUCAAAAUGAAGGAUGUGGUCAUACUAGUCGACCCUUUUGCAGAGUUUCAAGCUGAAUUGGACCAACAGGCUCAAGCAGAGGAACACAAAGCUGCCGCUCAAAAGGCACGAUCUAUGCCUCGUCAGAUUCCUGCUGCUCCGUCACCAGUACCGUCAUCAGGUGGUGGGAUUGGUAAAUAUCUUCCAAGUGCAUCAACAGCAACUACAUCUUCAGAAACCACAUCGCUAAAGAGACCUAGUAUAUGGGAUGGUGAUGUCGCUGAAGGUAGCGCAGAAAAGAAACCAAAGAACAAAUCAAGUGGAUUUGGAAAUUUUGAUUCUUGGUAA